AUGGACAGCCGACAGCGCACGCAGUCGCCCAUCGUGACGGGAUCGUCGGUGAUCGCGCUCAAGUACAAGGGCGGCGUGCUCAUGGCGGCCGACACGCUGGGCUCGUACGGCUCGCUGGCGCGCUUCACGGACCAGCGCCGCCUCACGGCCGUGCACAACACGACGCUGCUGGGCGCGGGCGGCGACUUCAGCGACUUCCAGUUCAUCAAGGACAAGAUGGACGAGCUGGAGGUCUACGACUUCAACCAGGACGAUGGCUGCGAUAUGACGGCGCCCGAGAUCUACCACUACCUGCAGCGCCUGCUCUACCACCGCCGCAACAAGUUCGACCCGCUCUGGAACACGGUCGUGGUGGGCGGCCUCAACCCGGAGACGGGCAAGCCCUUCCUGGGCCAGGUCACCAUGAUCGGCCUCGCCUUCGAGGGCGACUUCAUCGCCACGGGCUUCGGCCACCACCUGGGCAUGCCGCUGCUGCGCAAGCACUGGCGGCCCGACAUGGAGGAGGCCGAGGCGCGCAAGCUGCUGGAGGACUGCAUGCGCGUGUGCUUCUACCGCGACUGCCGCACGAUCAACCGCGUGCAGUUCGCCAAGGUGGCGGCCGACGGCGUCUCCAUCCCGGAGCCCGUCAAGAUGGACACCAAGUGGGACUACUCGAUGUUUGUCAAGCCCAAGUCGGACUUCGGCGCCUCGUGGUAA